AUGUCUUGGCCAGGUGGCUUUGAUCUGGAUGUUUCGGGAUUCCACCCACUGCGACAGGGUGAUGCAUCCGAUCGUGGGGCCGACUGCCCAUCAGAGUGGGUACUACUGCAGUUUAGCAGCCAGAAGCACCGCGGAAUCGUUUACCUGGGGGAUGAAGUAUGCUUCGCACGAGAGCUGCGAAUUGAAAAGCGGAAGGACCGCUUUGCAUACUUAGCUUUGGAGCCGAACUUGAACAGCGACAUGGAGCCAGUAAUUCGAAGGGUGACACCGGGGGAGGUCACGGAUGCAUGCAAAUGGACCCUCGUCCAUGCCGACGGAGAGAUGUCGGGCAAGCCAGUACAGUGCGACAUGCCGCUGCUUCUCCGUGGCAAAUACCACGAUUGUCUUGCUGCGGGCCGCUCGCUUUGGGGUACUGCGGUGUCCCCAGCACGGAGAUCUGGAAAAGCCUUGGUUUGCAAGGGGCGAGAUGCUCGUGUGCCGGAUCUUCGCUUUCGUAUUGUGAGGGCCGGAAUCCCUUUCAGCCCGGAACUUGCGAGUCUUUCGCAGCCUUCGCCACCGCCACCGCUACUGGGGCCUGAAGCAGAGGGCGAGCUUUUCAGUCAAAAGACUUUCGAAGAGCAGGAGCACUUGCUGUUGGAUGACUUGCUCUAUUCUUUACAAGGCUUCGAAGGCACAUUCAUUCGACAGAGCUCCAGCUCCACGGAGCCCAUCUUUGAGGUGGAGGUGCCCGCAGGUGCCGAUACUUCCACUGCCCAGUUCGUUCAGCAGCUAUUGCCUCUGUGCAAUCACCAUGCGUGCGUACAACAAUUCGUUCGUCAGCACAGCAAGUAUGAGUACGGCACGGUCAACCACGCAUUGUGCGCAGCACUGCGAGAUCUGCUGAAAGAGUUUGCCAGCAAGGUGGCUCGGUGGGAAGCGGCCUUUCGCGCUGGCGAACUGAGCUUGGCAGAGUUGUGGUACCAAUCCCAGGCUUCCAUGGACACCUUUGCCCUCUUGCAUCGAAUUACAGCACAUGUGUUUGGCCAACUGGGUGGAGCUGUCUUGAAUGGAAUCGAAGAAGUGAUGACGAAGACCGGUCUUGCUACAGCUCAAGAUCUAUGUGAACACUUGCUGCAGCAGGCUUCACGGCCAUACUUUGAUAUGGUGUCGCUGUGGGUCUAUGAGGGCCAGCUACAAGAUCCGUAUGGUGAGUUCUUCGUGCGGCUUGCCCCAGAAGCGAAAAAUCGCCACAUCUAUGUUGUCAUUAUCUCGAUUCAGCGGCCGAGGUCUGAAAGCUCUCGAAUCCGCGAUGAACGAACUGGCGGUCCAGCAGCGGACUUCUGGCAGAAGCACUUUACCUUGGAUGAGAGGCUGCGCUCAAAUGCACAGUUCAUAAGAGGAAGCGAAACGAUUUGCAACGAAGGGCAAUACCACAACAAGGGGUCGAGAGACGGAGAAAGAGACAGCAACCCCGUGGCAUCCUGUAGCAAGCUCGGCUUAGGAGACAGUAAGCGAAAGAGAGAGAGAGAGAGAGAGAGAGAGAGAGAGAGAGAGACCCCAACAAUGCACCAAAGUCUAGGGCCACAGCACGUCAUCCACAACGACAUCGGCAAGAAAUUGCAGCCGUGGAUUUUAAGGCUUUAA